AUGGCGAUGGAGAGAGAAGAAAUGCACGCAGACCGCGGGGCCAGCAGAAGAGAUUGCAGGGAAAGGACCAUGGUGCGUUGGAAGAAGCGAAUCGAGACAGCCGAGACGGGAAGCUGGACCAGGAUCGUCAUCCCGGACCUGAACGCAUGGUGUUACAGACGCUACGGAUUGGUCGACUUCCACCUCACCCAGAUGCUAAGCGGUCACGGGUGUUUUGGCGAGUAUCUCCAAAAGAGGAAAAGGAGGGACGAUCCGGGAUGUGUCGAUUGCGGGGCGGCCAGCGACGAUGCGAACAACGUAUUUUUUCGGUGCGACCGCUGGAGCAGGAAGAGGCGGUCACUGGAGGGCGUGAUCGGCCGUGAGUUCGACCCAAAGACGGUGGUUGGAGCGAUGCUGACCGGUAGUAAGGAUUGGGACGCGGUGCAGAGCUUUGUCAACAUAAUGCAGCAAAAGCGAGAAGACGAGGAGCGGGACAGGCAGAGGGCGGAAGCAGCACGUCAAAACUAA